GUUGGCAAAUCUGGAAGUCACUCAGAGUCGGCAGGGUCAAAUAGGGAGAAAUGGCGACGGAGCCAGGCUGUGGGUGAUUUCUGAAGGGGUGGAGGUGUGAAGCAGCUGAUCACUGCGGCCCAUCUUUGGGAAAACAUCUGGGAACUACAGCCUCAGGCCUCAGCUUACUUGAAGUUUGAGAGACACAAAGCCUCCUGGACAGCAGCCUCAGCAUUUUGAUCUCAGCAUUUAGCCAUCUUCCAUCUCCCCCAUGUCCCUGACAAUGAUGAAUGGGCUUCUGAUUAAGAACUCAAGCCCACCUGUGCUGCUGCAUCAGGUUACCAAGACUGCCCAGUUAGAUACCUUCAACUUCCAGAGCUGCUUUAUGCAGGGUGUCUUUGCCCGUUUCCCUGAGAUCUUAUUUAUUCACCGGACCUAUAACCCAAGGGGAAAGGUGUUAUAUACCUUCCUGGUGGAUGGACCUCGGGUACAGCUAGAGGGUCAUCUUGCCCGGGCAGUCUACUUUGCCAUCCCUACCAAGGAGGAUGCUGAAGGCCUGGCCCAGAUGUUCCAGGUGUUCAAGAAAUUUAACCCAGCAUGGGAAAGAGUCUGUACUAUCCUCGUGGAUCCCUACUUUCUACCCCUGCCAACCCUAGCCAUGGAGUUCCCCACAGCUGAGGUUCUGCUCUCAGCCUUCCACAUUUGUAAGUUCCUCCAGGGCAAGUUCUAUCAACUAUCUCUUGAACAGCCUGUGGAAAGGGUGCUCCUGACUUCACUGCAGAGCACGAUGUGCUCAGCCACAGCAGGCAACCUGAGAAAGCUGCAUGCACUCAUGAGCAACUGCAUCCCCCCGGCUAAGCUGCCUGAGCUCCAUGCACACUGCCUGCUCAACGACCGCAUCUGGCUGGCCCACCGCUGGAGAAGCCAAACCGAGAGCAGCCACUACUUCCACAGCCUCGAAGUCACCACCCGCAUCCUCAGCCAAUUCUUUGGCACCACCCCAUCUGAGAAACAAGGCUUGGCCUCUCUGUUCCGAUACAUGCAGCAGAACUCUGGAGACAAGGGAAGCUUUAACGUGGGCCUGAAUCCCCAGGACAGUCUUACCCCUUCAGACACCAGCCCUGAGAGCCCCGAAAUGGAGCAGUUGGUAGAAUCCCUCAUCCAGCACUCCCUCAAUGCCAUCUGCACAGCGCCAGCAGCCCAGCUCUGCCUGGGCGAGUUUGCUGUGGUCCAGAAAUCCACACAUCUCAUCGGCUCUGGCUCAGAAAAGAUGAAUAUACAGAUCUUGGAAGACACUCACAAGGUGCAGCCCCAGCCCCCGGCCAGCUGCAGCUGCUACUUUAACCAAGCCUUCCACCUGCCCUGCCGCCACAUCCUAGCCAUGCUCAGUGCCCGCCACCAGGUGCUCCAGCCCGACAUGUUGCCUGAUCAAUGGGCGACAGGCUGUGCCACCGGUUUAGACAACAUCUUGGGCAGCAAGUGGAAUGAGACUCUAGACAAGCACUUGGCAGUGACUCACCUCACUGAGGAGGUGGGUCGGCUCUUGCAGUACUGCAGCAAGGAGGAGUUUGAGCGGAGGUACAGUACCCUGCGGGAACUAGCCGACAGCUGGAUUGGCCCUUAUGAGCAGGUCCAACUCUGAUUACUUACUCAGAGUAAGCAUACUCCCAGAGGUGUGCAUGCAUGUGUACACACUCACAUCCACCCUUACACACUCACACUAGCGUAUUUCUGUGGGUCCUCUUUCCAGAAUAAGGACCAAGGGUCUUCUAAUCUACCAUAGCCUGCUACCUAGAAGGUACCUAGCUCCCUAAGACAGAAAUCAGCAAAUCUUUUCUGUAAAUGGGGCCUAACCAAGCAAUUCCUGGUCUAAGAUAAGAGAUUGGGUGGUGAGAUUGAGAGCUGGGGCUUGGCGACAGCUGCCUCAGUCAUAAGAUGACUCACCUGACCCAUCUUCCUUGAGGAAGCUGGCCUGGGAGCUUUCCUGCAAAGGAAGAGGACCCUCUCCGGAGUUGGUUCAGCCAGGCUUCCAGCAAUUUCCCCCCUCCCCCAUCCUGGAGUCAAUAAACUUGAAUGUUACACAGUCCA